AUGGAUAUCGCGCUGACACCUUUGGAAAACACUCUUAAGGAGUUAUUACUGGAUGUAGCGCAAUAUAUUCGGGAGAAUGAUGUGGUGGCUGGUGGAAGCGAUGUGGUCGACCGUCCAGAGACCGUCUUGCGGUUCACCGGGGGCUGGGUGCGAGACAAGCUACUCGGUGUCGACAGCCAUGAUAUCGACGUGGGGAUUAGCAGUAUGACUGGGUAUCAAUUUGGAAUGGCCCUCAAACAGUAUUUGGACGUCCCGGAAAACCUCAAGAAGUACAAGGAGAAUCACCCGGACGGGGCGCUGAAGGAAGCGAUUGUCAGUCUUCAUAAAAUCGAUGCGAACCCGGAAAAAUCGAAGCACCUUGAAACGGUAACGACUAAGAUUUUUGGGUUGGAUAUCGAUUUGGUCAAUCUGCGCAAGGAGACAUACUCGGAGGACAGUCGGAACCCGCAGAUGGAGUUUGGCACCGCCGAGGAGGAUGCACUGCGUCGAGACGCCACAAUAAAUGCGCUCUUUUACAAUCUGAACGAGUCGAAACUGGAAGACCUGACAGGAAGUGGCAUUGAAGAUAUGAAGGCCAAACUCAUUCGAACUCCACUAGAGCCCUAUCAGACCUUCAAGGACGAUCCGCUGCGUGUGCUGCGACUGAUCCGGUUCGCGAGCCGCUUGGGGUAUCGCAUUGACGCAGACACUGAGAAGGCGAUGCAGAACAGUGAUAUCCGAGAUGCGCUCCGUUUAAAAAUCAGUAAGGAACGGGUCGGCAAGGAGCUCGAGAGCAUGUUGCGAGGUCCUGAUCCGUGGCACUCACUGCAACUCAUUGAUCGACUUGAAUUAUAUACAACUAUUUUCGCUAACCAUCAGGACGACGUCAUCGUUGAUCUAUCUUCAUGGUCUUUAGCCUAUGAAGCACUCGAACGGUUACUUCGCCCUGUAGGUGAAGGAGACGAGAAUAUCGUAGAUCGUGUGUGCGCGGUUCUCGUCCGUGACGCCAAUGAACGUUUUUAUGCAUGGUUGAUCGCUGCUUUUGCUCCUUGGUCAUUGGUACCAGGACGGAUAGCCCAAGGCCCCAAAGCAAAGCCGCUCCCUCCUCGCACAGUGGAAGUUGCAAGGGACAGUCUCCGUUCUGGCAAUAAUAUCAUUACCGUUCUACGUGAUUCUACUACUGCUGCUGAGAGUAUCAUCGACACCAAGUUUGCUUAUCUACAGAACAACCUGACUGGCUCUCCCGCCGAGAUUCGGCAGCACAUCGGUCUCUGCAUCAGAUCCUGGAAAAAGGACUGGAGGCUGUGUACUAUGUUAGCCAUUCUACAGGAAGUCAUGGGAGGACACGACUUUCUCGAAGUUGUCGGACAGUAUGACAAGUUCCUUUCCUAUAUCGUUGAAAAUAACCUGGAGGACGUAUGCGACAUGAAGCCUAUUGUGAAUGGCGGAGAAAUCCUAGAAGCCUUACAGGGCCGGAAGGGCCCAUGGAUGGCCAGGGCCCAGGAUAUGGUGGUGCACUGGCAGCUCUUGCAUCCAGAAAUCACAGACAAAAAGCAGGCAUUAGAUGAACUCAUUAAACUUCGCGCAGCAGCCCAUGCGUACUUGCAAGGACAGGCAUCGCAGGAGACACGCCCAGAAUUCGCUCCCGACGGCCUCAAACUAGAUGUAUCACUAGAAUCGCUGUGGCAAGACAUUUCAUUACAUUCUUUAUCAAAAGACAUAGAGAGACUGGAAAGUCUGCUCGUCGCCCAAGGGUAUCUCAGAACGCGGGGCCCACAGGCUCUGGCAAAGUCUGAUGAGGAUGCAGCCAACAGGUUGUAUGAAUGGGUUAGCACGGUCUUGCGUGUGUCGACUGCUGUAUCUAUCAUUGCCUAUCUACAUGAUAUUUUGCCGAUUGAAAAGGCCUCAAAUACGGCCGAUAUAAUUGUGGCAUUGGCUAGCUGUUCUUCUGAAAAGGACCCUUGGACUACCUUGGAAACUCGCUCGAAGGCCACCGCCUUACUCAGGUCAUAUGUUGACAGAGAGCGUGCCAAACCAAAUCCUGAUUUAUGGACAGUCGUUGAGAAGACCUUGAGACAGAGAAUCAGACCCCUGUUUGCAAAGACCCAGAAUCCGGCCAUCACCGCUGCUGGGAGGAAGAACUUCCAUCCUGUGCCACUGCCUCGAUUCGAUACAAGCACCUUGGAUCCGGAAACGAAACCAUGGAAGAUCCAUGAUGUUUACUCUACUACUGUUUUCGCGUGGUUGGUUGCGCAGUAUCUUCCCGCCGAUUAUGAACACCUGGAGAGACACUUUCCCCUCCUAGUCCCCCCAAUGCUCACUCUGAUCGACGAUGAUAACAUCUCUUUCAAAACCCGGGGAUGUGAUAUUCUCUCGCAGCUCCUUUGGCCAAUCAAAGAGAGCAAAUCGAGUAUCCUCCAACGAACUAACCUGUCCUCUGUUUUUGAGGAAGCCAUCGUGCCAUGUCUUCUGUCUCUGCCUACAAUAACGCCCGAAGACGAAUCCAUCCAGCUUCUUGCCGCAGCUUACCCAGCGCUUCUCUCGCUCUUCAAGACCAGUUACCAGAACAGUCCAGCUGGGAAACAGCUUGAGAAGGACAAAGAGAAAUAUAUAUCUAGCGUGACCAAAAUCCUUCGCGACAAUGUCAUCUCGUCUUUCCACCAUAUCAGCUCUAUGAACCCCACAUCCACGUCUUCGUUUGCAUCAUUUCCUCAUCCGCGCUUAUCAACAUUACUCGUUGAUCAGAUAACUAUUAUAGUCACUGAGUUACAGAUUCAUACCACCAAGUAUCUCCAGGAGAUUAUACCUCUGGUGUAUAGCACACUCACCAACCCAUUCGGGACGGCUUAUUUGCCAUUACUCCUGUCCGCUGUUUCGACGGCGCGAGCAGUGAUUCUGAACGCCCAUCCGCGAAUAUGGCGAUGGAGAGGCGAGCUUCUCGGCGGUGUAUGCUCGUGCUGGAUUCAUGUGCUGGAGGAAGAGACUCAGAUUGCAGAACGGAAGAGCAGGGGCCAGACUAUAAAAGAACCAGCCGAAACUCUUACCGUUGAAACCCUGGGACGACUUAAGAAGCAGUUGAAGGGCGCUGUCUACCUGCUGAAGUUUGUGUUGGAGAAUCCGGGUGAAAGCGACCUGGUUGAACCCGGACAGAAGGAGGCGAAGGAAAGCAUUUCAGACGAGUUUCAGACUCUCGUCAAUGCAGAUGAACGGCUGAGAGACCUCCUCGCUCUGGAAAUUGAUAUGACUGACGUCGAGAUGUUCGGCAUGAAGACUACGACGAACGAGGACCGAUCUGUUUAA